UGUUGCUGUUAAAUUUUGAUAACAGGUAAAAAUGGAGACAACAAAUUUUGCCGACCAAAUUGCAAAUGGCAAGAAUCGAACCAAUGUGCGGUGUCAGUUUUGCAAUAGUUUUAUGCUAAAAGCCCAGGAGGGUAGCUACAGGGAGAAGGAGGCAGAUAUUCCGCUCAUGCAGCAGAAAAAGGAUCGAACAGCUGACACACUAAACACAGAGCCACUAAAGUACUUUUGGCUGGUGGAGGACAUGAUGUCAUUUGAAAAUAUUGGCUUUUCCCACAGCAUCGAUGGAAAGAAAUUCCUGGUCUGUGCCGAUUGCGAACGUGGCCCUGUGGGUUACCAUGAGUUGAGCACAAGGCACUGUUACUUGGCCCUUAAUCGAGUGGUGCAUAAGGAUGUCUAAGUAUUACUUACGGAGAAUUACUGUAGCUGUGUAUACUCAAAUCAUGUCCAGACUAAGGGAAAAUAUAUACAUUUACUUCAUUUAA